AUGGUUGGAGCUAAGGUUCUAUUCCUUUUCAGUAUCCUUUCUCUUUGUUUUGCAGAAAUUAAGCUUGUCUCUAUAGAAGCAGUUGAUAUGUGCUCUCCAUGUGUAAUUUUUGCGGACUCCUCUCUACAGCAGCUUUAUAACUAUGUAAUGGAUAACACUAUUCCUGGGUCAUGUAGCCAACUCUGUGGCAUUUUUGGGCAAAAUUUAACAGCACAAGUAUGCAACUAUUUAUGUAAUGCUGUAGGAAUUGCUUCUUUUGUCAAAAUUGUGAAGGACUGCCAGUUAGACCCAAUUUACUUCUGUGAGCUUCUUGAUGUCUGUCCAGUUGUAGCUGGCGGGUCUGCAAAUAUUACAAAUACUUAUGUUGUCCCUUCUUCUGCUACACAAUAUUCAACAUUUAAUGUUCAAGUACUUUUUCAAAUUUUGAAAGAAACAGGGACUGGGCAAGUGUCUUUAAUAUUAACAGCACCUAAUAAAAGUGUUUCGAAGCAAAGCUAUUUAAAUGAAGGGUUUAAGCCUGGGACUUAUUCUGCUAAGUUUCAGGUUGUAACUGAUGGGAUGUAUCCUGCAGGAGUUUACAAUGGAGUUUUAGAAGUAUGCACAGGAAUUUGUGGGGCAACUCUGCCGAACUCAGCUAUUUUAUCGACAGGCAAUAUUAAGUUUACAGUAACGCCAAAACCUUAA